AUGGGCGGUUAUUUGGGUAGAAGCGUGUCUGCGUCAAAGGAUGGGGAUUUGGGAUCCUUCAUCGCGCAAGGGGUUAUGUUGCUGAUCUCCCCUACGAUGUUUGGUGUCACGAUCUAUAUGUUAUACGGUAGAUUGGCACAUUUGUUGUUUGCUGAAAGGUUUCUUUUCUUCCCUGCUCGGUGGCGUACACUCAUCUUUCUAAUGAGCGAUGCGACGAGUAGAAUCCUACAAGGUGUUGGUGCCGGUCUCAUGUCUCAGGCCAGUUCUCUCAAUGUCGGGUCCGAUCUUGUCAUUGUUGGGCUUUUCGUGCAAAUUGCCUUCUUCGGGUUAUUGAUGAUCAACCAGUGCUUCUUGCUCUCCAAGUUGCGCAAGGGUGACAAUAGGUUCCCAGUCCGGAACAGAAGAUGGGAAGUGCUCCUGUUAGUUCUUUUCACGUGCAGCUUCCUUAUUCAAUUGAGAUUCAUCGUCAGAGUCGCCGGAUUUCUACAAGGUGUCUCUGGUGUCAUUGAGAGUCACGAAUGGUUUCUGUACGUUUUCGAUUCUACACCCAUGUUUCUGUUGGCCGCUUGCUUCCUAUUAGUAAGGAACCAAUAUAGCAUUUUCAAAGUGCAAGAGGAUUCCAUCGCAACACAGCUUGAAUUUCAUUCAGAUAACCCGCAAUCCGAACAGUUCGAUGAUGAAAAGAUUGCGGUCUAA